AUGGGGACGUGCGCGCGUCGUGGCUUCGACGCGGCCCCGUGCGACUUCGGCUGGGUCUACAGCCCGAACAAUGGCUGCUCGCCAAAUGUCCAGCCGGUGGGUGAAGACGCCCAGCGAAAUACUGGAAACACCAAAAGAAGCCUGCAGAUGCCGGAAGACCCGCAGAAGCACCAAAGCCCAAAAAACCUCAAAUUGCCGGAAACCCAGCAGAAUACCCCAACAACCCAACAGAUGCCCGGAAGCACGGCAAAAACGCCACGCCGUAAGCACCAGCAGAAGCCCGGGAAAGCCCCAAACAAAGCACUAGCAAAAGCCCCAAAACCCCCAAAGCACAAAGGAGAAGACCCCAAAACCCGGAAGCAAAACCCAGAUGCCGGAAAAAGCCCCCCAAUGCAGCCCCAAAAACCCCCAAACAAAGCACAGAAGCCCAACGGGAAAACACUAGAACCCACUAUUUUAAAAGACCCAGCCCCGGGGAAAGCCCCAGAAGCACCCGGAACAAACCAACAGCAGCCCCGGGAAAACCCCCAGCAGCAGCACCGGGGGCACAAGCGGGAAGCCCCCAAAGGCCCCCGGAAAGCCCCAAAGCAGAAAUUCCGAGCUUCACCGUCGGGGGCCCCCCGCCGGGGUUUUGGCCCCUUUCAGGGGGGUGGCCCUACUCCAGAAAAUCCCCAAAGGGGCCGGGGGAGAUGGUCCCCGUUCAAAACUUACACUCUAAAGGGGACAUCCCCCGAGAAGCGCCACAGGCGCCUAAAAUUUGAAGAAGGGCCGCGUGGGGCCGACAUCAUCGCCGGGGCCCGGGGGGCCAUCGUGGGCGGGCCUUGUCCCUUUGGGGGCCCGGUGCUGGUGUGGGGCGUUGCAAAAUUUGUGGCGGCGACCGGCCUACAGGGGAAGGUUCCUCCCGGGUGGCGCCGGGGGACCACCCCCACGCCCCCACCCACCCCACCCGCAUCCCAGCCGCCACUUUUCCCCAAAUGUCGAGCCUCCCACUACUCUGCAGCUCACCCAGACCCCCUUUACCCUAAAACCUCAGCCCCCCUUCGGCCACUCCCACGCCCACGAAGAGCCACCACCAGCCCUGGGGGCGUCCAUGCAUUCGGUGCCCCAACCCUCUGCCUGGGGGCCGGCCACCGGGGGGCCCCCACGACCCCUGGCCCCCCCGCGUCCGCCCUCGCCCCGGAGGCCCCUCGUCCGGGGGGAAACCCGUCCCCGCGCGACCCCGGGGGCCAGCGUCCCCCCUCAUGGGGUGCUGCUUUCGACGGAGCCGCGCCGCCUUUUGUGGGGAAACCUCCCGCAAAGGUCGAUUUCGCUACGGUGGGGAUCGCUUGGGGCCCCUCCCAGGCCCCCGGGGGCCCGGCGGCGCCGGGCGACAGGGAGGCCAGCCGUGCCCCCAUGGCCACCCCAAAAGGAGGGGGCCCCGGUCUAAGGAAAUAA